CAACAAGUUUACCCCCCUGCUUUUCUCUUUUUCGAUGUGCGUUUUCGGACAUGCGGAGGUUACUGGAACCGUGUUGGUGGAUUUUGUUCCUGAAAAUCACCAGUUCUGUGCUCCAUUAUGUGGUGUGCUUCCCGGCAUUGACUGAAGGCUAUGUGGGGGCUUUGCAGGAGAGCAGACAGGGCAGCUCCGUGCAGAUCCGCAGGCGGAAGGCGUCCGGAGACCCCUACUGGGCAUACUCGGGUGCCUACGGUCCUGAGCACUGGGUCACCUCUAGUGCCAGCUGCCGGGGAAGCCAUCAGUCUCCUAUCGACAUUUCAGACCACCAAGCCCGUGUUGGCGAAGAGUACCAGGAACUUCAGCUUGAUGGGUUCGACAAUGAGUCCUCUAACAAGACCUGGAUGAAGAACACAGGGAAAACAGUUGCCAUCCUUCUGAAAGAUGAUUAUUUCGUGAGUGGCGCUGGUCUGCCUGGCAGAUUCAAAGCUGAGAAGGUGGAGUUUCACUGGGGCCACAGCAAUGGCUCCGCUGGCUCAGAGCACAGUGUCAACGGCCGGAGGUUUCCUGUGGAGAUGCAGAUUUUCUUCUACAAUCCAGAUGACUUUGACAGCUUCCAGACGGCAAUCUCUGAAAACAGAAUAAUUGGAGCCAUGGCCAUAUUUUUUCAAGUCAGUCCGAGGGACAAUUCCGCACUGGAUCCUAUUAUCCACGGGUUGAAGGGCGUCGUCCAUCAUGAGAAGGAGACCUUCCUGGAUCCUUUUGUCCUCCGAGACCUCCUGCCCGCGUCCCUGGGCAGCUACUACCGAUACACAGGCUCCUUGACCACACCUCCAUGUAGUGAGAUUGUGGAGUGGAUUGUCUUCAGUAGGCCUGUUCCCAUCUCCUACCACCAGCUUGAGGCUUUUUAUUCCAUCUUCACCACGGAGCAGCAAGACCAUGUCAAGUCAGUGGAGUAUCUGAGAAACAACUUCCGGCCACAGCAGGACCUGAAUGACCGAGUGGUGUCCAAGUCCGCCGUCCGAGAUGCCUGGAACCAUGACCUGUCUGACUUCCUGGACAACCCACUGGGGACAGAAGCCUCUAAAGUCUGCAGCUCUCCGCCCAUCCACAUGAAGGUGCAGCCUCUGAAUCAGACAGCGCUGCAGGUGUCCUGGAGCCAACCGGAAACCAUCUACCAUCCGCCCAUCAUGAAUUACAUGAUCUCCUAUAGCUGGACCAAGAAUGAGGAUGAGAAAGAGAAGACUUUUACUAAAGACAGCGACAAGGACUUGAAGGCUACCAUUAGCCAUGUGUCACCUGAUAGCCUUUACCUGUUCCGAGUACAGGCCGUAUGUCGGAAUGACAUGCGCAGUGACUUCAGUCAGACGAUGCUCUUUCAAGCUAAUACUACCAGAAUAUUUCAAGGGACCAGGAUUGUGAAAACAGGCGUGCCAACAGCCUCUCCUGCCUCUUCAGCGGACAUGGCCCCCAUCAGCUCCGGCUCUUCUACUUGGACAUCCUCCGGCAUCCCCUUCUCAUUCGUUUCCAUGGCAACUGGGAUGGGUCCUUCCUCCAGUGGCAGCCAGGCUACAGUGGCCUCUGUGGUUACCAGCACGCUCUUGGCAGGCCUGGGCUUCGGUGGUGGUGGCAUCUCCUCCUUCCCCAGUACCGUGUGGCCCACACGCCUUCCUACUGCAGCCGCAGCCAGCAAGCAGGCCGGGAGGCCAGUCCUUGCCACUACUGAGGCCUUAGCUUCUCCCGGGCCUGAUGGCGACUCAGCUCCUACCAAGGACAGCGAGGGUGCGGAGGAAGGGGAGAAGGAGGAGAAAAGCGAGAGUGAGGACGGAGAGCGGGAGCAUGAGGAGGAGGGGGAGAAGGACUCGGAGAGGAAGGAGAAGAGCGAAGCCACCCAUACAGCGGAGGAGAGGAACCGGACUGCUCCUGCCCCCACGCCUUCUUCCCCUCACAGGACUACAGAGGAGGGGGGACAUCAGACUAUACCUGGGCGUGGGCAGGACCACGCCGGUCCUGCAACAGACCAGCCAGGCCAGGUUGUCCCAGGCUUGGAUCCCAAUGAGGACGCAGCCACCCAAGUGCCCCCAACAGCCACAGAGGAACAUUAUUCAGGGAGUGACCCCAGGAGGCCCGAAAUGCCAUCGAAGAAACCUAUGUCCCGAGGGGACCGAUUUUCCGAGGACAGCAAAUUCAUCACUGUUAACCCAGCUGAGAAGAACACCUCCGGAAUGAUAAGCCGCCCCUCCCCGGGGAGGAUGGAGUGGAUCAUCCCCCUGAUCGUGGUCUCAGCCUUGACCUUCGUGUGCCUGGUCCUUCUCAUCGCUGUGCUUCUGUACUGGAGAGGGUGUAACAAAAUAAAGUCCAAGGGCUUUCCCAGACGUUCCCGUGAAGUGCCUUCUUCUGGGGAGAGAGGAGAGAAGGGGAGCAGAAAAUGUUUCCAGACUGCUCACUUCUAUGUGGAAGACAGCAACUCACCUCGGGUGGUCCCCAACGAAAGUAUUCCUAUUAUUCCCAUCCCGGACGACAUGGAAGCCAUUCCCGUCAAACAGUUUGUUAAACACAUCGGCGAGCUCUAUUCUAAUAGCCAGCAUGGCUUCUCAGAAGAUUUUGAGGAAGUCCAGCGCUGUACAGCUGAGAUGAACAUCACUGCAGAACAUUCCAAUCACCCAGACAACAAGCACAAAAACAGAUAUAUCAACAUUUUAGCAUAUGAUCACAGCAGGGUGAAGUUAAGACCUUUACCAGGAAAAGACUCUAAGCACAGCGACUACAUCAACGCAAAUUAUGUCGAUGGUUACAACAAAGCAAAAGCCUACAUUGCCACCCAGGGACCUCUAAAGUCUACAUUCGAAGAUUUCUGGAGGAUGAUCUGGGAACAAAAUACGGGAAUCAUCAUCAUGAUUACAAACCUUGUGGAAAAAGGAAGGAGAAAGUGUGAUCAGUAUUGGCCGAUGGAGAAUAGCGAGGAGUAUGGCAACAUCAUUGUCACCCUGAAGAGCACAAAAGUACACGCCUGCUAUACUGUCCGGCGUUUUUCAGUCAGAAACGCAAAAGUGAAAAAGGGCCAGAAGGGGAACCCCAAGGGUCGUCAGAACGAGAGGACAGUGAUUCAGUACCACUACACACAGUGGCCUGACAUGGGAGUCCCUGAGUACACCCUCCCAGUCCUGACCUUUGUGCGGAGAUCAUCAGCGGCGCGGGUACCAGACAUGGGCCCCGUGCUGGUGCACUGCAGCGCCGGCGUGGGCAGGACAGGCACCUACAUUGUCAUCGACAGCAUGCUGCAGCAGAUAAAGGACAAAAGUACCGUCAACGUCCUGGGAUUCCUGAAGCACAUCAGGACACAGCGUAACUACCUCGUCCAGACGGAGGAGCAGUACAUUUUCAUCCAUGAUGCCUUGUUGGAAGCCAUUCUCGGAAAGGAGACGGAAGUGUCUUCAAAUCAGCUGCACAGCUACGUGAACAGCAUCCUCAUUCCGGGAGUAGGAGGGAGGACGCGGCUGGAAAAGCAGUUCAAGCUCAUCACUCAGUGUAAUGCAAAAUACGUGGAAUGCUUCAGUGCCCAGAAGGAGUGUAACAAGGAGAAGAACAGGAACUCUUCCGUCGUCCCAGCCGAGCGCGCUCGAGUGGGACUUGCACCGUUGCCCGGAAUGAAAGGAACAGAUUACAUUAAUGCUUCUUACAUCAUGGGCUACUACAGAAGCAACGAAUUCAUUAUAACCCAGCACCCUCUGCCGCACACGACGAAAGAUUUCUGGAGGAUGAUCUGGGAUCACAACGCACAGAUCAUCGUCAUGCUGCCAGACAACCAGAGCCUGGCCGAGGACGAGUUUGUGUACUGGCCAAGUCGAGAAGAAUCCAUGAACUGUGAGGCCUUCACUGUCACCCUUAUCAGCAAAGAUAGGCUGUGCCUCUCUAACGAAGAACAGAUUAUCAUCCAUGACUUUAUCCUUGAAGCUACGCAGGAUGACUAUGUACUAGAAGUUCGGCACUUUCAGUGCCCCAAGUGGCCUAACCCGGAUGCCCCCAUAAGCAGUACCUUUGAGCUGAUCAACGUCAUUAAGGAAGAGGCCUUAACCCGGGAUGGCCCCACUAUUGUCCAUGACGAGUAUGGAGCAGUUUCUGCAGGAAUGCUAUGUGCCCUUACCACCUUGUCCCAGCAGCUGGAGAACGAAAAUGCUGUGGAUGUCUUCCAGGUGGCAAAAAUGAUCAACCUUAUGAGACCUGGAGUAUUCACAGACAUCGAACAAUACCAGUUUGUCUACAAAGCAAUGCUCAGCUUAGUCAGCACUAAAGAAAAUGGAAACGGUCCCAUGACAGGGGACAAAAAUGGUGCUGUGCUGACCGGAGAAGAAUCAGACCCUGCCGAGAGCAUGGAGUCUCUGGUGUGACUGGACCCCCGGGAAGGGCACUUCAUUUGUAAACUUCUGAGACUUGUAAAGACAGAACUUUUUUGAGGCCUUUUUUGCCAGACUCUAGGUUAUACAAUAACCCGGUUACUUUUUUACACUGAUAAAAGUUUUGAUAUUUAUUUUUUGCCAUUUUAUGUCUUAAUGGUAUCCUAGUGAGCAUAUGCACCUGUUCAUUUCACACAGUGAACCGCAACUUCACCCAGUUUGCACUAUCUGAUCAGUGUUACUGCCUAUAACCUAAUACUACAGCAAACCCUGAUGUGACAUUCCAUGGCGACAUACAUGCUCCUCUUUAGUUCCGUGCAGUGAAGGUCUUGGUUAUGACAAGGAACCUCAGUUUUGUUAUUAUUCUAAAGCGACUGCAUUUUUUUCUAGCAGGCAACACUGUCUUUUUCUCGGCCCCCCUCUUUUUUAGGCACCGUUCAGUACUAUACGCCUUCUGUUUUCAUGGAGUGGAUGGGCGUCGUUUCCUAUUGCAGGACCGCAGGUUGAGGGGAGCCCCUAAGAAGUCUGUUCAUGUCAGUUCCAUGUGUAAUGGUUGAGGGAUCCACUAAGAAGUGAAGAGGGCUGAAGAGUUGCUUCAUGUGAACAUCUCCUCUUAGUUACCAAGUUAUAUUCACAGUUGAAAUGUGUCAAAAUAAAGAAUCAUUCUGUAUUACAGAUUUCACAGUAGCUAUGUGGACAGUGUGUGUUAUUUCCAUCCUGACUCUCUGAAGUAGCUGCACCCUAAAAUCGGGGCUGUCUCUUACAACGGAAAGGUGGCACUGUUUCGUACAGUUUUCUUAGGAUUUUAGUUAAUCUCCUCUAAGACUUUUUGGUAUAGUACCAUACCUCACAGUAGCUCCAACAACUGAAAAAAAAAUAGGUAUUUAAAUUUAUAUGUAGUAUUCAAAAAAAAUCCCUAAUAACUACUCCUAUAGCAAUCUAAUAAAAAACUACCUAUAGACAGCAUUCUUUUCUUUAUUGUUUUGCCAAAUGUUUCAUAAUAAAUCUCUACAUUACAUACAUACUCUACUUAAGAUUGAAUUGGAAAUAUAUUUGGGAAAUUCCUACAGCUGAAGCAGUCUUAUUUGGAGGAAGAAAUUUGAGUUUUAAAGAGAAGAUCCAGUUUUGAAUGAAGGGUGACAUCUCCACUGUAGAGUAGGUUUCAUGAGAAGGUUUGUGGAUAUUCAUGAGCAGAUGUACACCAGUAAAAGUGGGGAGAGUCGUCAGUAAGUCCUAGGUCCAGCUGGAAUGGCUUUCAGCCCAUAGUACAUUAUGGGAAAACUGGAAGCAUUAUUAGGAGAUUUCAUUUGAGUUUGUUUUCAACCAAACAAGUCCCACUAAACUUUUCACCAAGAUCCGUGUCUUCCUUUUCCCGUCUCCUUUUGAAGGUCAGCUUCUGUCAGACUCAAAAUCAUCCCCCAAGCUUGGGCCCACGAAGGGAACAGGGUUUGGUGGCCUUACUAUGCCAGUAAGCUUUACCUUGAGACCCUGCGCCUGCUGUCACUAUUGGGGCAGCAUUGCAAUGGGAAGGAGGCGUUGUUCUUUGUGAGCUGCUUGUCUGAAACUAAUCAAGGAUGUACUAUAGAACCAGAGCUGCUAAGGAGGGGGUCACAGCCCAAGUCCAAGGAUUUCUAUGCACGGGCCAGACCCAAAGAGUUCCAUGAAGAUACUUUGUGCAGGAUAAACUAGGCUUUUGAACACACGGAGAACUGAGAGCCUGGCUUUCACGAAUGGCUAAACAUGGUCUGUAAGGUGUCUGUGCCAGAUAGCACACUAAGCACAUUUACCAACGCACAUGCGCAUGCGUGUGUGCACACACACACAUACACACUUGACCCCACCAGAGGUGUCACUCUGCACAAUUCAAAGAAGGACUGACUGUCGCUCCAACUCUAGCGCUGAGCUAGAAAGGAAAAGAUUCAGACUGUGGAGUUUUCUAGCCAAUUAAACAGAUUCUUUUUGUUGUACGCAGAUCUGAUAUUAGCCGAUGCUCUUCAGUUAGAUGCUUCGGAAUUAACAUUCAAGUUGGAGUUCAUGGUCUCACAAUGUUCCCUUAAUAAAAGCAGCCUUGAUUAGAAGACAAAUAGCAAGUAUUACUUUCUGUGCUAUUCACACAAGAGAUUGGAUUUGUGGAAUUGCAUACUCCCCACAACUCUGGGACUGUCUCUUACGUGAGUGCGAGAAUAAGGAGAAAAGAGGGGGAUGAAACAACCACGACAGAAAUAAAAUCAAGACGGGGUAGAAGCUCUCUGUGCAUAUCUACAGCAGGCUUGAAUCAAAGCGUGUAGAUUCCAGCCUAUUGCUAUGUGCCCAUUUUGCCAAAGUGGUCCACACCCCCUUCACUAAGGAUAGUCCCCAUCAGCCGUCCUCAGUCCUUUUGUAUCUUCACUAGUCUUUGUUAUUGGCAAAAGACAUUUUGCAUCUUUCCAGAGGCAGAGAGUUCCAAAGAUGUUUUCUUUGAGACAUAAGCACAUUGCUUAAGUACAUAAUAAGGUUAUAACCACUUGCAGUCAAAGGGAAGGGAUAUGGCUAGUGUGUAAGUCUCUAAGAUGCUGUUUGCAUGUAAGAUUUACCUCUAGGGAAAUGAAAGACACACACCAAACAAAGCUGAAUUGUUAAAGUUAGGUCAGGUGGACGCGCUGGACAUCAGAGAUGUAUUAGAGACAUCAGAAAAGUUUCUUGUACCUCAAACCAUGAGACCAUCUUUAAUGAUUCUUUUUUUUUUUAUCAUAAGUUACCUUCUGAGCUUCAAGAAUAGUACAGUUAGUUCAGUGAUUCUCCUAAUCUUUGUGCAAGUUUUGAGAGCCCGUUGUGAAUAGAAGAGUCCGGUAGAGUGUUCAAGAUGGAAGAGGGCUUAUGGUGUUCGAGGGACAAUGAAAUCCGUAAGUAACCUGAGUUGUUUUAUAAAGGCACAGCACAGCUGCCUUGUCGUGACUUUUUCUUAAUUGCAUAUAUGCUAUAUUUAAAAUUAAAAUAUAGAUACCAACUUACCAAAGAUACACAUAACUAAUUCUAAGCAAAAAAAUAAAUAAAAAUAAAAAAACCCAAAUGCAUCGUAAUUUAAGAAAAAGUAAGCAUAAUGUAGUUGUCUUAAGGCUUUUACAGUUCCACUGGAAAAUUUUUAACCCCUGUGUUCUAAAAUUUCUGUUCCAAUGGUGCCAGUAAAUUUUUAUACGAAGGGAAAAUGCCUGCUUUUUUUCUCUACAGCAGCUGUACUUUCACAGAACCCUUUGCAUUUUCCCUUAGUUACCACUCACACACAAUAUUGGCUUUAUUUAUCUCUAGAAAGAAGGCAUGAUAAAAAGUAUAUAUAUAUAAGAAAUUAUAAUGACAUUUGGCCUCUACUUUUGUCUUAGCUGUUAAAAUGUUUUUAGUAUUUUUGUUAAAUAUUUGCAAAGGGAAGCAUUUUCUACAGAGGAUAAUUAAUUUCAAGAAAAAUAUCUUGAGUUUUAAGAAAUAAACAUCUCCAGAAAAGGAGACAGUCAAUUUUAUAAAAUGUCGUAACUCUCCAACAUUUGGGGUAGUGACUCCUCUUUUGUUAGGACAUUUGAAACAAACUAGCAAGCAGCCAUUGUUUCUAAAGAUCCCAUCUUCAUGUCGAAGCCUGUUUCUUUCACUUCCUUUCCAAAUAGCUAAAAUCAUUAAAACUGUAAAUAUUUUGUUGCUUGAGUAAGCAUCUCCUGGGAACUUUGUAUCUCUGGUAUAUAAUCAUAGAAUUUUAUAUUUUCAUAUAAAGCUAAUUCUUUUCUAGUUUCAACUGUGUCAUAGUUUUCUGUUUUGUUAUGUUUUGUUUCCGUGGUGAAUAUGUGACCUUCUGUGUACUGAAGUAGCGAGAGCCAUCUUUGCAUUCCAAGAGAAUCCAACGUGUGUUCCUCCUUUGAGGCCGUGGUUGUGAAAGUCGGGCUUGCUUUUUAAUCCCAUCAACCAUUAGUGCAAUAGCAGGUAGACAUGACUAGUUCCCGAGUACAUGUGUCGCACUGACUCAUUUUGGAAAAAGUGAUUUUUUUUUUAAAUGAUUUGUUCUGUGGGGGCAGGGGUUUUAUAACCUGGAAAUUUUCCCUUUUUCCUUCUGUUUUAAACUAUAUCAAAUCAUUCUAUUAUAGUGUUAUUUAAUAUGUAAAUUGUAUUGCUAUACAUAAAAUAAAGUAUGGUUUUUGAUGUA